CCAUGUUAUAUUUAAUUUAAUAAAUAAUUGGCCAAGACUGAGAUUUGUGACCAUUUACCCACAUGAGGUUUACUGCAGAACAUAUCCACUAAUUCUAAUGUGUGUGUUACAGUCAAUUAGACUUUGCUUGUUUUAUAUAUAUAUAUAUAUAUAUAUAUAGUAUUUGCAUUACUGAUGUGCAUAAUACAUCCAGUGUGCCCACCCUCCUAUACCCACACCACCACCUAAAUCGAAACGGUAUAUCCAGCUCAUGAAUUAUUCUCAUGUAGAGUCGCGAGUUUUUGUAUCUAAACCACAUUAUUAUCACAGAGGUACAGUGGAAUUAUAGGAAACAAUCUGCCACAGGAACUUAAUGACGUUGCCACCAACAGUCGCGUCACUGUGUGUGGUAUACGUGAUCUCAUUGACACUGUGUUUCCUGUUUCUUGCAAUAUUUCGGAAGACUCUAAGAAACUGACAACUCUGACCAACAUACACCCAAACACGAACACUCGAUUGCACAGGCUUCCUUAAACACUUCAUUUGACUCAGCUUAAGGGGAAAUCUACAGAUGGCUUAAAGUCGUCAGUUGUGAAUUUAGUGGUGUCUUCGCCUGGGGACUACUAUAGUGUCAUAUGACUUCAAGAGAGUGAAACUAACACUCAUCUAAAGUUGGGUGUUUAACUUCCUCACGGUCUACUCUUCUAACAUGAACUUCGUUUUGGUUUUUCCACUGAUACUUGCCUUGCUUUUCACCGGACAAAGUUACACUGAGCUUACAGAACAAAAUGGGAGUUCAUGUCAUAAAAUGUGCCCACCUGGAUAUUAUAAAGUCGGUGACUGUAAUGAACAGGUGGGAAAGUACAAAUGUGAAAAAUGUGUUAAUGGCACAUUCACAGCUGUAAAAAACACACGUACAGAAUGCUUGAGGUGUGCCGCUUGUGGUAAUCAUGAGGUGGAAAGAAAGCCCUGCUCCUUUAAUAGUAAUGUGGAAUGUGACUGUAAAGCGGGAUACUAUAACUAUAACCCCUUCAUAAGGGAUUGUAAGGAAUGCUCCUGUAAACAUUGUGAAGAGCCUGGUAAUUAUUAUAAGUACCAAGAGACCUGCCAGCCCUGCAAAAGUUGUUUACACCUCCCAGACUGCAAGAGGAAAUGUACAGAAAGGGCAUUUCCAACUUCAACAGAUCUAUCCACAUCUGCAACCACAUCUGCUUCUCCAGUUGCAACUACAACCAUAGCUUCAAACAACACAUCAAAUCCUAUUAUGAAUCCAGUUACACCUAAUUUGAACGAAAUGCCCUGGCUGUUUUUCAAGGUGUUUUUGGUGACACUUCUGGUGACAUUUCUGGUGUUCCUUUUGCGCCUGCUGCUUUUUGCCAGGAAAUUGUUCAGAUACCCAAAUUGUCUUUGCUGGAGUGCAAAAAAAGAGCUGAAGCUGCCUGUUGAGCAGCCCAAAUUCAAUGAACAAAGCAGUCAUCCCGGCAGCAGCCCCAACUCGCUGACAUUUAACAUCUCGGAGGAAACUCCCAUGGUGACUUUUAGUCAAAGUCCAGCCACGCUACAACAUCCAGCCCACAUUGCUUCUCUACUAUCAGACUACACAGCUGUCCGACAAGAUGAGCAAUCAGAGCACUGGCCGGCCAUUGUCCUCUAUGCGAUUAUCAAGGAGGUGCCCUUGCGUAGGUGGAAGGAGUUCUUGCGUCUGCUCUCUGUGGCUGAUCAGCAGCUGGAACGAGUGGAGCUAGAGUCCGGUUUGGGUCUGAGCUCCAUAGAGAGGCAGUACCAGAUGCUGAGGCUGUGGAGCCAGCGCCCCUCUGCGAGCCUGAAUGACAUCUUCUCGGCAUUGCACUACAUGGAUUUAUCCGGCUGUGCCCAGCUGCUGCAGGAAAGCAUGGAAAAGCUGCAGCGGAGGCCUGAACUGAAGCAAGGUUUCACAGCCUGCAGAAGUUACACAGACCAUGGCUUCAAUGGGGCAAUGCAGGACACCUGAGGCACCUGGGGACACACGCAUCACUCUAUCAUACAAUGAGAGACAUCAGUGCUUCAACCAUGAAAGCCAGUUUCUGGAAGGGAUGUUCCUUGCAGAAUGCAGACUGCAUUCAUGUCACAAAUAAUAAUAAUAAUAAUAAUAAUAAUAAUAAUAAUAAUAAUACAUUUUAUUUAAAGUCGCCUUUCUCGGCACUCAAAUGACUCAUAAUGAGUAAUGUAGAUGUAUAUUAUAGCUUAAAAGUUAAAUUACAUUACAAAGCACUGUGGAGAUCCGGAUAGGCCCAACUACAAUUGAGGUAUAGCACUCUAGAUAAGUGUAAAUGUGCUGUAUUUAUAUAGCGCUUUUCCAGUCUUAACAACUGCUCAAAGCGCUUUUACAUCUACAGGAACCAUUCACCAUUCACACACAUUCAUACACUGUGGCCGGGGCUGCCGUACAAGGUGCCACCUGCUCAUCAGAUAAACAUUCACACAUAUUCACACUCCGAUGCGCAGUGUACAGUGUACAGUGUACAGUAUAAUGCCUCUUUUAUUGAGUCUUUAUCGGGUUGAGCUUUGGGUUGAUUUUACCUCCAAAUGUAGGCUACACUUAAAAUGCAGAAUGUAACAAAGCUGCAGAACUGGAGAAGUGGCUUCCUCAAAUGCAUGCAACAACAACAGUAGCAUUUUAAAGAAGGAUAUCACGGCCAGUUAACGCUCAGGUAGCGCUCUAGUAACCUAGCUGGAGAAAAAAAACAAUUUUUUUUUAGGGGAAAUCCCGUUCCUCUUAACCUGUGCCAUCUCUCAAAAGGCCAAUAAUUGAGGGCUGUGGUUUUAAAACAGAAUGGUGAAAUGUAAAUGUUUCUAACUCUUUCAUUGUGUGCAUUAGCAGAAAGUGGUGAAAACGAAGGAAAAGUAAACUUGUUGUUUUAAUUCUAAAGAAGAUGAUUUUAGUUUUUUGUUUUUUGUUCCUCCAGAAAUUUGUGCUUAUUUUUUUAGCAUUUACCUCGUCUUAGUAAAGGCUCUUCUUCAAUUUGAGUAUUUAAACUGUGUGAACAUUUUAGUGUACAUCUAUGAUGUUUGAGUCUGACAUCGCCUUCAUCUCUUUUGAGAAUGAAAGUCUGGUAUAACAACUCAGCCACUCACUCUUGUAGCACACCCUCGUAAAGGGAAGAAUACUGAAAUCCCCACAGAACGUCAGAUUUUCAGUUUCCUGCAAAUAAAUGGUGUCAAGGUGCAGUUGGCUGGGUUUUUCCUCACCACACAUAUUCCAUCCAAACUGAUGGUUUCCUGUUGUGGGGUUGGGGUAUCUCACUUUGAGAGUUUUUGUGUGUCAAUUCAGUUACUGACAGUAACAGACUUGGACUUUCCAGUAAAUGGAGUUUAUUAUUUAAUGUUUAAAUAGUAAUAUAGGUAUGUGGUUUGUGGCUUUGGACCUUGAAACAUACGGUAUGUGUGUAUGUUUUACAAUUAUUAUUUUUCAAUUUGUUACAUUUUGCAUAUUUUUAUACAACUUUUAAGGUUAGCAAUUUUAUUCUCAUUGAAAUAACAUGUGAUACCAAUGUGUGUUAACAUGGUGCUGUAACCUAUAACCUUAGUCAAAGUGUCAUCACACAGUAUGUGUCAUAAAAACAAUUCCUGGCCACAA